AUGUUAGGGUCUGAGCUAGGGAGCAGAUACUCCAUCGAAACGGUCCUGUCCGAGAACUCGAUUAAGACGGAGCUCCUUCUGGCAGCGGUGGAUGGUGAUGACCGAGUUGCCGUCCACGCCUUCAAACUUGGUUCCCUCCAGGACGCCAUUAUGACCGAGAUCCGAAGAACAGCCCAAGAUCUGUCUGGCGUCUCUCUGGAGGGCUUUCUGCCCAUCAGUGAGAUUGUCUGGGAUGAGUCCUCUUCCCAGCUCUACAUUCUGCAGAACAUUAAUAAGCUGGUCCCCCUCUCUGUUCUUGUCGAGGCGUCUGAAAAGCUCCCCGAAGAUUAUCUCUGGGCGGUUGUAUCUCAGGUGGUCCAGGCGAUAAAGACCCUCUCGCGCCAACAAGAGGCGCUAGGAGCACACAUGAGCAUUUCAAUCACAAACAUCUUCGUGACAGACACAAGAGGCACAGACGAUCCUUCUGCCGAGUUCCUCGUCUUCCUUGGGCUUCCGUGCUUAGACCAAGCUCUUCAUCCCUGCAUGCUCUCGGGCGACGUCUUCCAAAAGAGCAUGUGUGCUCCAGAGCUGUUUGAUAGUUUUAUCCCUGACGUGCGAUCAGACUUGUACUCACUUGGCGUUGUUAUCUAUACUUUGGUGAUGCUGCGGAAGCCGUUUUCCCUCCACACGGCUGAGAAUCUUCUUCAAUCUAUGAAGGUCCGUGAAUACACUCCCAUUUGCGGUGUAUCUGAGGAGCUGACUACCCUCAUCGAGGAUCUCCUGAAUCCGCAGAUAGAUGAACGCCCCUCCUUAGACUAUCUACUGUCUCUCCCACAAGUCCAAAAGAGUAAGACAAGGCAUGGGAUACCUAACGCUUCGCAUGAGCCCCAGGUCGUCAACCAGGAAAGUGGAGGCGCUCCCGAUCAAAGAUCGCAGUCUCCGCGCCAGACAGAUCUUUCUGUGGAGCCAGACAAGGACGGAAACACGACUCUCAUGCGGCAUGUCAAGCGCAACAAUUGGUACGUUGCCAAACGCUUUGUGGAGACCCAGGCCAGAUCUUACAAUAACGAGGGAGUAACAGCGUUGAUGCUUGCUGCGAGGCUGGGCUUCGUUAACAUCGUGAAGGAGCUUGCUCCCUACGAGGCAGGCAUGCAGAGCGUCUCUCCUGAUUUCGAAGGGUAUACCGCGAUGAUGUUUGCUGUUCAGCGGAACAGCCCCGAGUGUGUCAGAUUACUGAUGGACGCUGAAUCUGGCCUUGUAACCAAAGUUGGGCGCACAGCUCUCAUGCUAGCAGCGGCAAACAGUCAUCUGGAGUGCAUAAAGCUCCUACUGGCGCGUGAAGGUGGACUCCAGGACAUCGAGGGCUGGACGUCUCUUAUGAAUGCCGUCAUCGUUUGCAGCCUAGAUGCUAUAGACGUCUUGGGAAACAAGGAGCGUGGGCUCAGAACAAAGCACAACAACACGGCUCUGGACCUUAUGGACAACUUCGUUCGCGAAGAAGACAGAAACGAAGUCAAAAACCACCUGAGUGUCUUCGAGGCUAAAUAG